UAUGGGCGGUGCCCGGUGACGUCACCGCCGCUCCGCCGCAGCCCCAGCGCAGACGGAGCCGCCCGGUCCCGGUGCCGUCCCGGUCCCGCCGCGAUGCCCUCGGACCGGCCCUUCAAGCAGCGCCGCACCUUCGCGGAUCGUUGUAAAGAAGUGCAGCAGAUCCGAGAGCAGCACCCGAACAAGAUCCCGGUCAUCAUUGAACGCUACAAAGGGGAGAAACAGCUGCCAGUGCUGGAUAAGACCAAGUUCCUUGUCCCAGACCAUGUCAACAUGAGUGAAUUGGUCAAAAUAAUCCGGCGCCGCCUGCAGCUGAACCCCACCCAGGCGUUCUUCCUGCUGGUGAACCAGCACAGCAUGGUCAGCGUGUCCACCCCCAUCUCAGAGAUCUACGAGCAGGAGAAGGACGAGGAUGGCUUCCUCUACAUGGUCUAUGCUUCCCAGGAGACCUUUGGCUUCUGAGGGCUGCUGAGAGUUGGCAUGUGGAGACAGAUGAACUGUGGCACAGAGGCCCUCGGCCUUGGAAGACAGCACAGCCAGAGGCUCACAAGAGAGGGGCUGUGCUGACUCCCCUCCCUCCCUCCCUUCCCAUCACCCUGUCACCAAAGAGGCUCGUGGCGCGUGUUGGACUCGCACAACCCCUCCCCUCUGUGUAGGUCAGCCCCGCUCCCCCAGGCGCCCGCCCAGGUGUGUGACACCCCCAGCCAGCCCUGCAGACCCCACUGGGGCCUGGCCCCUGUCCCCGUGUCCCCCUUUACCCCUGCUGCUCUCGCUGUGCUGUGUGUGCUCUGCUGCUGCCAGACCCGCUGGGCCACCUUCACCCAGCACAGGGAGAGCCACCUCUCCCCCAGGCACUCACAAAGGGCAGGAGGUCUGCAGAAGCAGCUAACAAAUGUUACCAUUGCUCCUGAGUUUUAAUUGAUUUUAAUGACACCCAUAUCAGAUUCUUGGUGCUACUGAGUAGAUGUAGGCGUCUCUAUAGGACUGUGGAUAAUGUAUAUCCUUUAGAUUUAUUUUAUUAGUUGGUUUGUUUGGGUUUGUUUGGUUGGGUGUUUUUUUUUUUUUUUUUUAGGGAUAGAUUGGAAUGGGGAGAGGGGGAAACUUUCCUGUAUUCUGUAGGUAAAUAAAUCAGGCUUCAUUGCACUUUAAAGCAUAGUAGAUGUCAGAGUGAAAUUUUCUUUUAAUUUAUACAGGUUUGCCAUCUAUAGUGCUGCUCCUCUGUUGGCAGUUGUAUCUAGAUUAUCUUGGUUUUUUUUUUUUUUUCUAAUAAAAUUGAUUUCCCUUC